AUGAGCGGCUUGGAUAUUUCCCUUGCUUUACCCGGUGUUAUUGAUUUGUGUUUAAAGUACGGAAAGGUCAUUAUUACUGCAUACCGAGACUUUAACCACGCCGAGGAAGGAAUUGAGGAAAGAAGGAUUUCCGUUGACGCGGCUUGGGCCAAAACGUCGGAGCAAUUAGCCUUUCUACGUCGCGUGUGGGAUAAUCUGGACGAGAAUUACCGGGCGCUGCAGGGUCGCAUUCUCCGCAAUUUCCAGAAAAAGCUAGAGGAGGCCGUCAUCAGGAUCAGUGAUAUCGACAGGUCUGUUGGCAAGAGCGCCAAGUUUGAAGCAGGGAAGUAUGCUCUGAAGAAGCAGUCGCUCGACAAGGCAAUCCAGGAUCUUCAAAAUUCGCAACAUGAUUUUGACACGACAUGGUAUUUGGUUUUGUUGAUGGCCGAUCGAUUUGUUGACGACGGUUUGGUUAGACGCGCGGGAACUGAGAAGUUGUCGACUGCCAGACAUGUACGAGAUUCGUUGAACCUCCAGCCAGGUCGUGAGGGUUCGGUUUUCCUUCCAGGAGACAAGCUUCGUUCAGCCAAGCGGUCUGACAUCCCUCACGCAACCUCCCAGAUUGUUGAGAUUCCAGGCGUCGGUACCGUCAUAAUUGAUUCCGCGGACUGCUCGUCUAGGGACGACGCUCACGUUUUCGCCAAGGACGUUCGGACUCUCGCUACGCGACUUCGUCAAGUGGAUGACAAUUCAUUCCAUCUCUUGAAGUGCUACCGCGUAGCUCGCAUGACAGAACUACAAACUGAGCGUCUUCUCUCAUUCGACUUCAUGUUCUAUUUCCCCAAAGGUUGCUCUCGGCCGCAGAGUCUGCGGAGCCACCUCCUCUCCCAAGCAAACCAUUCGCUUGGUGACAGGAUCAAACUUGCUCAACAGCUUGCCGCAGCGGUAAACUAUAUACACAUCCUCGACUUUGUGCACAAGAACAUUCGCCCAGAGACCAUCUUGAUUUUCGAAAGCGAUGGAAACACUCUAGGCCCAUUAUAUCUGCUGGGAUUUAGGGCAUUUCGCCUGGCUGACAACAAAACCCUCCGACUCGGUAACUCCGUUUGGUCUGAAAAUAUCUAUCAACACCCUGAUCGACAAGGAAUCCAUCCUAGUACAGACUACGUUAUGCAACAUGACAUAUACAGCUUGGGAGUAUGCUUGCUUGAAAUCGGACUCUGGGGGUCUCUCGUGAGUAGCAAGGGAUAUGCAGGUACUUUACUAACCGAGAGUGGGACAUCCAACAUGGUUCAAGGCACUGCGCUCAAGGAUCACUAUACGACAUUGGCAAAAGAGCAACUGCCCAGCCGAAUGGGUGCGAGAUACACGGCCGUCGUUGUUAACUGUUUGUCUUGUAUGGAUGGGACGAAUGAAGACUUUGGCGAUAAGAGGGAGUUUGAAGACGACGAUGGCAUCCUCAUUGGGGUUAAAUAUAUCGAGAAGAUCAUUCUGUUACUCAGCGAGAUAACUGUUUGA